GAACAUUUGUUCGAAGAGAGGAUAGUCUCGUGGACAUUCGUAGUCGGACAGCGCGAGAUUUGGUUCUGCUUAUACCACCAUUACGAUAGGGGGCAGCCAAGCAUUUCCUACACAGGCCAACCAGUCAUUUUGUAAACUGUUGGCUAAAAUGGCUCCGAGAAAAAGAAGUGUGGUAUGGACAUUUUUCAGGGUUUUAAAUGAGAAGAAAGUACACUGUUUGUUGUGCAUGGAGAUCGUCGUUUACAACGGGCACACCACUAACAUGCUCCGGCAUAUGCGUACCAAACACCCGAAAGAGUUCAGCAGCGCGGCAACAAACAUCAGGCCAAGCGCUGGGACAGGAGACGAAAGUGAACCGAUGAUUACAAACAGUGGAGACGAAUACACUUCUGGUAUGGUUACAUAUUUGGAGGUAGCGCUGGAGGAGGACCACCCAGUACAGAUCACCACGGUGAAUGAAGCUGACAUAACGAACGCCAUCAACGGAAUCCUGAAGGCGGCGGAGCACCAAGCAGUGGAGGGCCAAAGUGAGGUUGUAACUGCAGAAACCCAGAGCCAUGUGGGGAGUGGUCCCAGUCCAUCAACACGGAAGUGGAGUUCAAUAUGGACUCACUAUGAGCGCCUGGAGGACCAGAAGCGAGCUCUGUGUUUAAUAUGCUUAGAGAAGAUUCAGCACCAUAGCAGCACCAGCAAUCUGCAUCGCCACUUGUCCAAGAAGCACCCAGACGCCCAUGCACGCAUGGAAAGUCACAGCAAGAAACGCCUCUCUAAAGGUGCAUACAGCACCCCUGUCAAAGAAGGCCAAGCCAAGCCCAUGGGGAAGAUGAGAGUGUCAGAGAAAUAUCAAGACAUGUUUGAUGGCGAGGUGCGUGUGUUGGAGCGUGAGCGCGAGCUGACGGAAGCUCUGAGGAAGGCGCAGCAGCAGGAGGCGCGGGCACUGGAGCAGCAGAGGGAACUCCUGGACGCUCUGAGACGAGCCAACACCAGGGAGGCCGCCACCGAGAAGGAGGAGCUGGAGGCUCUGAGACGAGCUCAGGAGCAGGAGGCCCGCGCCCUGAGGAGAGAGAGGGAGGAGGCGCAGAGGGAGAGAGCAGAGGUGCUGGUGGAACGGGAGAGGCUACGAGAGGAGAGGGAGGAGCUGGAGCGUCUACGGAGGGAGGUUGGGGUGGGACGGGGCCAGCUGGAGGAGCAACCCACAGGGCUGUUCCAGGAACAGGGAGCGGUGAUGGCCAAGGAGACUCAUGGUUAGGGGGACGUGAACCCUCAGAUUGUCAACAGUGACCUGAACCCUGGCUGCCAUGUCCACAUUCUCCCAUGUUAUGAAGUCUGGAUUUAGAACCCCUCAUCCCUUUAUUUCAAAGGGAGGAAGAGGGGGUGGAAGCCUAUGUCGCAGUUCUCAAGAUGUAAAAAUAUUUUGUAACUUUUUUACAGUAUAUAUAAGCCUGUAGUAUGUUCUUGUUUAAGUUAAGGAGGGUCUGUACCUGUGAGUUUUGCCCAUUCAUUCCCCCUUACAAUAAACAAAUGGCUGUGAAAAUGGGACUU